AAAAAAACACCCCACCAGCGAUCUUCUAUGCUAUAUUUUUUUCUCCUCUCUCUCCUUUUUCUUGGGCCUUCCCCCCCCGAGCCCCCUGAAUCCGAGGGAACUUUUUCUCCGCGGGGGCUGCCAGUUGAAGGCCAUGAAUUUCGCAUUUGAGCGAGAGAUCGGUUUUAUCAAUAGCCAGCCAUCGCUUGCUGAGUGCCUGACAUCUUUUCCCCCUGUCGGUGAUACAUUUCAAAGUUCAUCAAUCAAGAACUCGACGCUUUCACACUCGACACUGAUUCCUCCUCCUUUCGAGCAGACCAUCCCCAGCCUGAACCCCGGCAGCCACCCUCGCCACAGCGGCGGCGGUCGCCCCAAGGCGAGCCCCCGCGGCCGCAGCGGCAGCCCGGGCCCCGCCGGCGCCCCGCCACCCCCGGAGUACCCCUGGAUGAAAGAGAAAAAGGCGUCCAAGCGAUCCGCGCUGCCGCCCGCCUCGGCCUCCGCCUCAGCCGCUGGACCUGCCUGCCUCAGCCACAAAGACCCCCUUGAAAUCCCCGAUAGCGGUAGCGGUGGAUCUAGGCGCCUGAGGACGGCUUACACCAACACCCAGCUUUUGGAGCUAGAGAAAGAAUUUCAUUUCAACAAGUAUCUCUGUAGACCAAGGAGGGUUGAGAUUGCAGCCUUGCUGGAUCUGACUGAGAGACAAGUCAAAGUCUGGUUCCAGAACAGGAGGAUGAAGCACAAGAGACAAACCCAGUGCAAGGAGAACCAAAACGGCGAGGGGAAAUUUAAGAGCCUAGAGGACCCCGAAAAAGCGGUGGAAGAGGAGGAGGAGGAAGAGGAGAAAUCCCUCUUCGAGCAAGCCCUUAGCAACGUCUCCGGUGCUCUCUUGGAGCGGGAAGGCUACACUUUUCAGCAGAAUGCCCUCUCCCAGCAGCAGGCGCAGAAUGCGCACAAUGGCGAAUCCCAAACUUUCCCCGUUUCGCCUUUAACGAGCAAUGAGAAAAAUCUGAAACAUUUUCAACAUCAGUCACCCACUGUUCAAAACUGCCUCUCAACAAUGGCCCAGAACUGUGCAGCUGGCCUGAACAAUGACAGUCCUGAGGCCCUAGAUGUCCCUUCUUUACAGGACUUUAGCGUUUUCUCCACAGAUUCCUGCCUACAGCUUUCAGAUGCGGUUUCCCCCAGUUUGCCAGGAUCUCUGGACAGUCCCGUAGAUAUUUCUGCUGACAGUUUCGACUUUUUUACAGACACACUCACCACAAUUGACUUGCAGCAUCUGAAUUACUGAGAAAUUAAAGACGUCCUCUCCAAGGGUCCUGCUUUCUCCUCAUUAUUACUUUUUUCCCCUCCAGUGAAUUAAUUUUAUUUUUCCCCUCCCUUUCCCUUGUCAGUAUUUUCUGUUUGUUACUUCCCUCUGCUAUGCCAUUUUACCGUUUCUUAUGAAGUUUUAGUUGUGUUCAAUUUUAACCUAGCCACAUUCUAGGUCCUUCUAUGAAAGCAAUAUAUGAGGUCUGUAAGAAAGUGAUCAUAUAGGAAUGUAUCUUCACUUUCUUUUUAUUUUUGUAUUGCAUUAGGAUGCAUUGUCAUAAGUA